CCUCCUCCUCCUACACAUAUCAUCCUGCCUCUCUUGUCCCUCUGAGUGCAGCGAUUCUCCCCUCACACAGAGCACGCAUUCCUCUCACAUCCACAAACAUGGCUGGCGAACAGCUACGAUGGGACGGCCAGACCGUCGUCGUGACCGGUGCCGGUGGUGGUCUGGGACGAGCAUAUGCCAUCUUCUUCGGCAGCAGAGGUGCUAAUGUCGUCGUCAAUGAUCUCGGCGGCAGCUUCAAGGGCGAUGGCGGUGGCAGCACGACGAUGGCCGAGCAGGUCGUGCAGGAGAUCAAGAAGGCCGGUGGAAGCGCUGUUGCCAACUACGACGAUGUCGUGAACGGCGACCGCAUCAUCAAGACUGCUAUUGACUCCUUUGGCCGCAUCGAUGUCCUCAUCAACAACGCCGGAAUCCUACGAGACAUCAGCUUCAAGAACAUGAAAGAUCAGGAUUGGGAUUUGAUCAUGAAGGUGCACGUCGAGGGUGCAUACAAAUGCGCAAAGGCAGCGUGGCCAUACUUCCGCAAGCAAAAGUACGGGCGAGUGAUCAGCACGGCAUCGGCUGCCGGUCUGUUUGGAAGCUUCGGACAGACCAACUACUCGGCUGCGAAACUAGCGCUGGUCGGUUUCACCGAGACAUUGGCCAAGGAGGGUCUCAAAUACAACAUUCUCUGCAACACGAUUGCUCCGAUUGCGGCAUCGCGGAUGACUGCGACAGUCAUGCCGAAGGAGGUCUUGGACAACCUCAGGCCGGAUUGGGUUGUUCCCAUUGUGGCUGUCCUCACCCACAAGUCGAACACGACCGAGACUGGUGGUAUCUUCGAGGCAGGAGCUGGUCACGUUGCUAAGCUCCGCUGGGAGCGAUCAAAGGGUGCUCUCCUCCGUGCCGACGAUACCUUCACGCCAGGUGCUCUUCUCGCAAAGUGGAGCGACAUUGAAGACUUCACAGACCCACAGCACCCGACUGGUCCCAACGACUUCAUGGAGCUCCUCGAGCGCGCUCAGAAGCUUCCACCAAACCCUAAGGCUCAAGAAUUGGACUUCAAGGGCAAGGUCGCAGUGGUGACCGGUGGUGGAGCUGGUCUCGGACGUGCCUACUGCUUGACCUUGGCCAAGUAUGGCGCUACGGUCGUUGUGAACGAUCUGGCUGACCCACAGCCCGUGGUCGAGGAGAUCAAGAAGAUGGGCGGCAAGGCUGUUGGUGUCAAGUGCAGUGCCGAGGACGGCGAAAAGGUUGUUGCGGCUGCGAUUGACAACUUUGGCCGUAUUGAUAUCCUGAUCAACAACGCCGGAAUCCUCCGCGACAAGUCCUUCCACAAUAUGGAAGACAAGAUGUUCAAGCAAGUCAUGGACGUCCAUCUCCGCGGCACUUACAAGGCCACCAAAGCCGCAUGGCCCUACUUCCUCAAGCAGAAAUACGGUCGUGUCAUCAACACCACCUCCACCUCCGGUAUCUACGGUAACUUUGGCCAGGCCAACUACGCCGCAGCCAAGUGUGGCAUCCUUGGAUUCGGUCGUGCUCUCGCCCGUGAGGGCAAGAAGUACAACAUCUUCGUCAACACCAUCGCGCCCAAUGCCGGUACCGCCAUGACCGCCACGAUCAUGCCCGAGGAGAUGGUCCGCGCCUUCAAGCCCGACCACGUCGUCCCAGUCGUGUUGAUCAUGGCGUCCGACAAGAUGCCCGGCGAGCCUACAGGCCGUCUCUUCGAGUCUGGCUCCGGAUGGGCUGGUGAGACCAGAUGGCAGCGCAGUGGAGGUGCUCAGUUCCCGAUUGAUGUGGAGCUCACCCCUGAGACCGUCAAGACCGUGUGGGACCAGAAGAUUGCCAACUUUGACGACGGCAAGGCUGAUCACCCCGAUGACCCGAACGCGGGAACUGAGAAGAUCAUGGCCAACAUGUCCAACACCUCCAAGAGCGGUGGUGACUCGUCUUCUUCCGGCGGCGAGACCGACUACAACAAGGCGAUUGAGGAGGCGAAGAAGGCCAAGGCGGAAGGCACCGAGUUCACCUACGACGAGCGGGAUGUCAUCCUCUACAACCUCGGCCUCGGCUCCAAACGCACCGAACUAGACCUCGUCUUCGAAGGCGCCGACAACUUCCACGUCCUCCCCACCUUCGGCGUGAUUCCCCAAUUCUCCGCCCAAGCCCCCUACUCCCUCUCCGACAUUGUCCCAAACUUCUCCAUGAACAUGCUCCUCCACGGCGAACAAUACCUCGAAAUCCGCUCCUUCCCCAUCCCCACCGAAGCCACCCUCGUCGCCUCCCCGUACCUCGUCGAAGUCACCGACAAAGGCAAAGCCGCUUGCGUCGUCAGUGGUUCCAUCACCAAGGACAAGGCGACGGGUAAAGAAUUGUUCUACAACGAGUCGACGACCUUCAUCCGUGGAAGCGGCGGUUUCGGCGGCGCGAAGAACGGCAAAGACCGCGGCGCCGCGAGCCGAACCCACACGCCCCCGAAACGCAACCCGGAUAAAGUCGUCGAAACGCCCACCUCCCCCGACCUGGCGGCCAUCUACCGCUUAUCAGGUGACCGCAACCCUCUGCACAUCGACCCCGAGUUUGCGAAAGUGGGAGGUUUCAACGAACCCAUCUUGCACGGACUGUGCUCGUUCGGUAUCGCGGGUAAAGCGGUGCUGCAGACUUUCGGCCAGUACAAGAAUAUCAAGGUGCGAUUCGCGGGCACGGUGAUUCCCGGGCAGACGUUGCAGACGGAGAUGUGGAAGGAGGGGAAUUUGGUGGUGUUUCAGGUUAGGGUCAAGGAGACGGGGAAGUUGGCGAUUAGUGGGGCGGGGGCGGAGUUGGUUGAUGGGGGGAGGGCGAAGUUGUAG